GUUCUGAGCUCGAGGGUGUAUUCGAAAAUCCACCGUCGCUCACCAUCACCAUCUACCGUCGACUUUCCGAACGACGCCGACUGUUUAGAUCUUUAACUUCUUCUGGGACGCAUUCCAGUGCGCAGUAAAAACGGUCCGUUCGAGGAAAAUCAAUAAACAUGGCGGUUUCUGUGUUCGUAACUCGUUAACAGCCAGAUGUUUUUUGAAAAUCCGGUUACGUAUCUGUGACACAAACGAAUGGUGAAAGUAAAAGAGGAUUCGGCGAUGGCAGAGCCGAAACCUGCAAAUCCCGCUGCUCACCAUGCGACGACGCGCAAACCGCGCCACCACCAGAAUCACGCCCACCACCAUCCGCCGUACCCUCACGCUCACAUACCGUACUACUAUCACUUUUCCUAUCCAUCCGAAAGUUCCGAGGUGAACGGGACGAACGGCGGCGGCGGCGCCGCGUCGCCCGCCAAAUUCUACUUCGGUCCCGGCUUCGAGCCGCAAACGCAACUGCCGAACGCAUUCGGCGCUGGACCUAGUCAGGGACAGAACGGUUCCGAGUACGUCGUACUUUUCCACGUUAAUCCGGGCGUCACCAUUAGCUUUCAAAUUGGCGAUAAUUUCGAAGUUUUACGAGGACCCGUAACUGUUCCUAUGGUAUCGACGAAUUCAUCACCGCCCAUAGCAAUGCCAGUUCAGGUACCACCGGGACAUGUAGUUCAACAAAUUGUCGACGAAAGCGGUACGCUGAGGCACGUCAUACUUUCCCCACAACAUCCAGCAGGACUCGUACCGCUUCCCUCGCAUAAUCCACAGCACUACGGAGCUGGACCACCAAAUGGCAGCAAUCAAGCACCCCAAACGUUUUAUCCGGGAAUAUCGUCGGGAUUUCCGCCGCCUCACUUUCACUCCAGCAUACCACCCGGACAUCCCUCGCACGUCUCCUCUACACACUCCGGUCACUCGCCGCCUCCGAGCCACGGUUACUACAAAGACGAACGGACACAACAACGUUAUUAUAAGUUAAGGAAAAAACUACACGAUAAACAGAUGAGGAACGAUUCCGGACAAACUACGCCGCUUUUAUCUCCUAGGAAGGACGUGAUCAACGGAUUGCCUAGGAGCAAUUUGAAGGAGAAGGGUAUGAACAGCGUAGGAACCUCGGAGGAUGGGGAGGAGAGCAGUAGCGUGCAGGAUGAAGAUGAUUAUGUGCAUAUUAUCACCGACAUGUUGUCGUCCGUCCAGUCGCCGAAGGUGUCUGAACUGAGCUCGCGCAGUGCCUUACUUCAAUGGGCAGCACCGUUAAGGCUGUCGGAAGCGUCGAGUAACGACAGCCACGAGUUGGACAUCUCCGAGUCGGAUCUCCGCUACGAGGUGUUGCUUAGUGAUAAAAGCAAGGAAAUGAAAUACAAGUCAAUUUAUAGCGGCGCCUCACUCUCCUGCCGAAUUCAAGAUCUACGGCCCGGUCAGGAGUAUUCGGUUUGUCUUCAAGUGCACCUCGAAGAACUGCAAGGCUCGGCGUCCGACCCGAUCAAGUUCAUAACGCCCCCCUGCGAACCCGACCAACCGCAGGCCCCCAAGUUAAUCUCGCGAACGAAAAGCGGCCUGCAGCUCCGAUGGAACGCGGUCAACGACAACGGCUCGCACAUUCAGUACUACCUUUUGGAGUACGACGAAGGCAAGGGCGGCGACUUCGUGGAACUCCACAAGAGCAGAGGAAAGCAGCACAGCCUCUCUAAACUGCAGCCGGCGACAAUUUACAAAUUUAGAUUAGCAGCUCUUAACGAAGUAGGCAAAAGCAUAUAUUCGGACGUCGUCUCGUUUUCGACCUCCGACGUCGCGCCCCUCCAACCCGCACCUCCCAGCCUGCGGGACUCCACCAUAAACUCGUUGCACCUGGUGUGGAGCCGAAGACCUAAGGAUGACGAGUUCGUUUUACAACUUGACGAUCUUAAAACGCGAUACGGCUUUCUCAUUGUAUAUAACGGGAAAAAUAGCGAAUACAUUUGCGAGAACCUGAAGCGAUAUACCGACUACAAAUUUAGAUUGAAAGCUCAAAACAACGGAGGAUGCUCGCCGUGGUCCGAGGAGGUUACGUUCAAAACGCUCCCCGACCGGCCGGCGAGGCCUUCGAAGCCGAUAGUGAAAGGACGAAUACACGCGCAUAUGUUUAGGUUAAAAUGGGAACCGCCCGCGGAUACGGGGGGAGCGGAAAUUACCAAAUAUAUUCUAGAACUGAAUUCGGGUAGUGGAUAUCAGAAUGUGUAUACCGGUUCCGAAACGGAAGCAGUCUGUGAUAAACUUACACCUGGCACCACCUAUCAAUUACGAGUCAGUUGCCUAAGCGCGGGAGGCCGCAGCACCUACUCUGAUCCCUGCACGGUCACCACCGAUGCGAUUAGUCCCGGACAAUGUACCGAACUCCGGCUGCACGGCAAACCUCGUCCGAACAGUAUAACGACCCGAUGGAACGAGCCCGACUACAACGGCGGCGCGCCCGUGUUGGAAUACGAAGUGGAGAUGGUGAGUAACGACGGUACUCAAAGUAUUGUACAUAAAAGCAAAGAAAUCGAAUGCACCGUCGUGAAUGUCAGCCCGGGUUGCGAGUAUCUCUUCAUGGUGCGAGCCGUCAAUCGAAUAGGCCCGGGAGUGUGGUCCGAAACCCUCUCCGUGAAAAGCGGAGCCGCACCUCCCGACACUCCGACCGCUCCAUCCGCCACCCCGAAGUCACCAUUCCACAUCUACCUGGAAUGGCAAGAGCCGAACAGCAACGGAGCCCCGAUCACCGAGUACAAGGUGGUGAUGAGCCCGAAUGAGUCGGUCGAAGAGCAGUUUCUCUCGAUCUUCCAGGGAUCCGGGACGAACUACGACGUACGAGGACUAUCUCCGUUCACGCCCUACUACUUUAAGGUGCAAGCCGGCAACAACGCGGGCUACAGCCCGUUCUCGCCCCCCUCGGCUACGGUGACACCGGCCGCUCCCCCAGCCGCAAUCUCUUGCAUUCAACAUGACAAAACGCCCACCAGCAUAACACUGAGCUGGACGGAACCGCCUUGCAACGGCGCCAGCAUAUCUCACUACAACAUCGAAGUCGGCGAUCAAGCCACGAGCACUGCCGGACCCGACACUAGCCACACAAUCGAGUCGCUUACUCCACUAACCGUCUACAAAAUCAAAAUCCAAGCCGUGAACAACGUGGGCGCGGGCCCAUUCUCGUCGAUACUUAAAAUCGCAACUCUCCCCCUACCACCGGUCGCCCCUCGUCUCGAAUGCAUAGCAGUCGGUCACAACUACCUCAAGCUGAAAUGGGGCGAGGGCCGCAACUACGACUUCACGCAGUACUGCCUCGAAAUUGAGAACCCGCGCAGCAGGGAGUUCCAGUGCGUCUACCAGGGAACGGCGUUCACGUACAAAGUCAAUAAACUGCACGAGCUGACGUCGUACAGGUUUCGAAUUUGCGCUUCCAACGACACGGGCGACGGCGACUACUCGGAGGAGUACCAGUUCGCUACGUCCAUAGCGCCGCCGGCGGGCGUCAAACCGCCGAAGGCCGUCGAGAUCGAGCAGAGAAGUUGCGCGUUGGAGUGGACGUCGUCGAAGAACGCCACCGCCGAUCCGAUCAUAUAUUUGGUUCAAGUUUGUCGACUCAAGGAUCAAGAUUUUAAACAGGUUUACAAGGGACCCGAUACGAGAUGCACGCUAGACAACCUGGAACCGGGCGCGGAUUACAACGCUCGCGUCUGCCCGAUACGGCUAUCCUCGUCGGGCGAACUCCCCGGCCCGCACUCGCCCCUGCUGACGUUCACGACGACGCCCGCCGAAACUCUCAUCAUUCCGAAGCUCUCUCAGCCGAUAACGAGCUCCCCGACGCACGUCCAUCGCAAUCGUAGCUAUCUAAAGUUGAUCUGGCCCCACAUAAUGCAAUCGAAAUCGAUGUCCGACCAGCAGAUGGUGCUGGUAGGCACCCUACUGCUGAUAGUGGUCGGAAUUUUUAUAGCGGUGGGGUUAGCUUCGCUCGUUAAAUUCGAUUGAUGACUUUUAGGUGCAAUUUAGUAUGAUCGCUUACGCUAAUUACCCUAUAUUUUUUUUUAUUAUGAACUAAUUUUUUUAAUUCUAUUAUAUAGCCUGCUUUCCGGCCCCCCACCGUUAAGCAAGCACAGAUCUUAAGUAUUAUUAAACAGGGCUUAUAUUUUAUCGUUAAAUAUAUAUACAUAUAUAUAUAUAUAUUAGAGGACCAAAGCGAAUGUUUUGGUAUUUUUAUACGUGUUUCCGUACUCGGCGUGGUGCUAAUGCAAGUGAUGUAGUCGCGACAGUCUUGUCGUGGUAAGUAUAUUCAUGGUUCGCUAUGUGUGUUGUUAUUCCAGUCAUAUGUACAUUAUAUAUAUUAUAUCAUAAUUUUUACGGUUGAAGGUAUUAUUAAAUUAUUCUAAUGAUUGAUUGAAUUUUAUAUGUGGCUGGAAAAUGUUGUACCUAUAGAUAGAGAAUAUAAUAAUGAAUUUAAUUAAUAUGUAUUAUUAUGAGACGCAAUUGUGUAUAGGUUGGAAAGCAGCAGAUCAUUUAUAUAUUAUACAAAAAAAAAUCCAAUGUUUAUUAUAUGCAAUCUUAAUUAUAUUCAAUUGGCUAUAAUGGGAUUUGUAUACGUGCGCCUCGCACUCUCGUCACUGAGAUAU